AUUGACCAUUGUGAAUGGCUCUCAAACUUCACACUCUGUUUAAGAGCAAGCUAGGAAUUGCUCUUGCUUAUUACUUGCAUCUGCUCUGCCUCUGCGCACUCUUAAACUCCCCAUAACAAAGCCAACUUCUGCCACUUUAUGCAUUGCUCCACCUUCUAAAAUGCGUGCGACUUGAGUUUGUCAGACUCUAGUACAUUAUGAGAUGCAUGAUAUGAACACGAAUCCGAAACGUGUCAGAUCCAGUGGCCUGAAGUACUGGACUCAGGCCAAAACCAAGUCAAUAGUUGUGAAUCUUGUGACUGGAUCAAAAUCCAGAGUUUUCUGGUAAAGUUCGCAGGGUCCAGACACAGUUUAAAGUUUGAUUCUUCAUUUUGGACAUUGAAUCAUCGGUAAGCAUUAGUUAAGAGUCAUCAGAAUAUCCAGAUUCUCAAAAAAGCAAUUAUGAGUUAUCUUUGCAAUCGGCAAGGGAAUAGUGCAAGGAAGGGCGACAUUGAGGGGCAGCGGCAAGUUCUUAAGAAUGGUGGACUUGAUUCAGUGAAAGAAAAAAAAACUUUGAAGACAUAUAUUCUUGAUAUUCUUGACCCGAGGGAGAAAUUCCUUAAAAGAUGGAGGGUAGGAUUUGUAUUGUCAUGUAUGACUGCAGUAGCAGUGGAUCCAUUGUUCUUUUACCUUCCUGUGAUCGAUCGAAAGAAUAAGUGCAUUGGGUUUGACGGUAGAUUGUGGAAAACAACUCUCGUUUUGCGAUCUUUCUUCGAUAUCAUUCACCUACUGCAUAUUAUAUUGCAAUUUCGCACUGGUUUUAUUGACGAGGAACUUCGAAAACUGGCAAAACCUGAGUUAAAUACAAAUGCUUGGAAAAUAGCUCAGAAAUAUUUGUGGCCUCGGUUCAUUCUCGACAUUCUAACUAUUCUUCCCAUCCCACAGGUGGCAAUUCGAAUUAUUAUUUCAGAAAUGAGAGGCACAGAAUCUACACAUAAAGUAAAAUUCUUGAACGCUGUUGUUCUCUUCCAAAAUGUGCCAAGAGUUUAUCAAAUCUACCUAUCCUGGAGGAAACUAAUAACAAAUGACAAGAAAUUUGAUAGAAUCUUACGGGUCAAAGCUCCAUUGAAUUUCAUUCUAUACAUCCUCGCUGGACAUGUAUUGGGAGCGUUUUGGUAUUUUUUCUCUACUCAACGACUAGCAGCUUGCUGGCACGUAGCGUGUGAUAGUAAUCGUACUAGAUGUGAUGGAACUUCUUUUAACUGUGAUCGCAGUCCUAGAGAUCUCUCUUUUAUAAAUGAUAUUUGCCGAAUAAAUGUCCCAAAUAAAACGUCGACCUUUGACUUUGGAAUAUUUCUUCCAGCCCUUGAGUCUGGUGUCUUAGAAUCGCCAGAUUUUCCACAAAAAUUAUUUUUCAGUUUCUGGUGGGGCAUGCGAAAUCUGAGUUCUCUUGGUGAAAACCUCCAAACAAGUAACUAUAUAUGGGAAAACUGCUUUGCACUUUCUAUUUCCAUGUUUGGCUUGAUUCUAUUUCUAUAUUUCUUGGGAAAUUUGCAGAUGUAUAUGCAGUGGACAAGAUCAAAAUCCAUAAAAAAAUGGGAUAAGAUACGCAUGAAGAUGAAGUCAAGUCAACGACAAAAACAACAUAAGGGCAUGAUAUCAUGGAUUUCCCAAAAGAAUUUUGAUAGUACAGCAAAAAGCCUGAUUAUGGAAAACAUAAAUCAGAGAUAUGAAGAAGGCGAAGACAUUAAUGUGGAGAACCUGGUCCCCGAUCUUCCAACGGAUCUUCAAACGAAAGUUAAGCGCCAUAUCUGCUUACAGAUACUAAAGAAUCUAAAAAUCAUGAAAGAUAAUGGCUUGGAUAAGCGUACACAACUGUUGCAUAAGAUUUGCGACUCUCUCCAGCCAAAGUUCUACAAUGAGCAUUGCUACAUUGUCAACGAGGGAGACCCUAUUGAUGCAUUAUUCUUGAUUACAAAUGGCAUUGUAUGGACUUAUACAAGCAAUAAUGGUGAAGGAUCUGACUCUCGACAUGCUAAGCGUCUUGAAAAAGGUCAGCACUUUGGAGGAAAACUUCUUGAAUGGGUUUUGAAACCUACCUCCGACGACAUGCGCAACCUAUCCAUACUUCCUGUUUCUUCAAAAACCCUCAAAACCCACACAAAAGUGGAAGCCUUCGCUCUAAUGGCCCACGACUUCAAAAAAAUAAUGGAGUCUAAGUUCUCACUAUUAGGACCCGAGGAAUUGCAAUCCAAGGCUGCAAUUCGUGUACAACGAAGUUGGCGCCAGCAUCGUGCAAAGACGUAUGAUGAUGUUGUUCUACACAGGGCAGCUUCUCUUUGAAGAGCAGAGAUGAUUUUGAUAAAGACAAUGGAAACGGUGUCGUGUUGAAUCCCAUUUGUCAGGUGCACCGUAUCACUUAAAAUCCUGAGUUUGCAAUCAAGAGAAAAACGCUGUGUUUCAUUUAUUCAGUUAUUUAGCUUUUGAUUUCUGUUUUUCGCACGUGUAAUAGGUGGUUAAGUUGUUAAGCCUGUUGUAACAGAAUCUCCACCUUUUUAGCUUAGCUUUCUCUCUCCUCUGUGAUUAUAUAAACAGAGCUGGACUCAAUGAUUUAAUUAGCAAGCCAUUUUAUGCAAUA